AUGGCUCAAUGCUCGACCUGCUUGACGGCUGCGGCGGUGGCGGCCAACCGCGCUGCUCUGGCUGCAACGGCGCUUGUGCCGGCAAAUGCCUCGGCCAUUACCAUCGCCUCACCAGCCCAGGGGCCGCUGGUCAUCGCCGCUGCUAGCGUUCCGUCCGCCGCUCCGCCGGACCCCACCUGGGGUGCCCAUCCGCGCUCCGGCUCCGACCUCCUGCCAGCCACCUUUCAUGCGCUUGCACCGGCCGAGCCGUCACUGCUCUGCGCACACUAUCUCGUCGUUAAUCCGGACGAGACCCGUCUCGACCCGGCCUCGCUUGUGCUGCCCGCCUCGGCCAACGUCACGCUUGUUCUCCGCGCCCGUGCGCUGCACGCAUCGCCACUCUCGACCGCGAGUCUCACAAACACGCUUGCGUCUGCGGGCGCCCAGCCGGUGUUGCGGGUCUCGAACGCGUCGGCUCUCGCUCUCGCCGCCGAUCCGGUGUACUCGAUCCUCCCGGCUGCCAUCUCGGUCCUUGUUGCCUCGCCGCCAAACGCGACGGUCCCGACCGCGUCGCCGCUGCCGCUGCCUCCGCUGCCGCUUCUGGCGAGCCGAGUUGCGGUCGAUCCGUGCCACACCUCGAUGUUGGCUCUUGUCUCCAGCUCUUCACUAUUUGUCUCAUUUGACUUUGGCACCUCGUGGCUGGCUGCCGCGAGUAUUGGCGUGCCGGGCACAUUCCUUGCUGCCGCCGACGUCACCGUUCGGCUGGUCGACGGGUUUGUGGUGCUCGCAAGCGGCGGAAGCGUUCAUAUCUCCCGCGACCGGCUCGGUAGCCUGUCGUUUAACGCCUCUGUUUUUGUCGAUCUCGGCGCCGCGGGUUCCUCGCUACUCUCGACUCCCUCCGAGUGCUUGCCGACCCGACUCCUGGCCCCUGCUGCAUCCGCGCCUCCGUUCCCGUACCAUGGCAUUGUGGCUUCGCCUUCGGCGCUAGUUGAGCUAUCACACGACGUUCGGGUCAAUGCGCUUCAUCCCUCGGUUCUUGCCGGACCGGUCAGUGACGUUGCAGUCUCGCCGGGUCAUCGGGCGGUGGCUGUACUCGUUGCCCCGCGCAUGCUUCGGCUCUGCAGCACUACCUCGGGAACCAACAGCUCGUUGUGCAGCAUCGGCACGCUGCCACGGGCUGCGUCCAAGCUUGACUACUUUCCGUCGGGCGGAGCGCUGCUGGCCUACGGCGCGAGCUCGCUGCUUGUCUCGCGCGACCUCGGGCGCUCGUGGCGGGUCAUGUUUGAAACGAGCUUGCCCGACAGCUGCGUGGCUGCCGUAAUUGUAUCGGAUGUGCGGACGCCCGAGUAUGUGGCGCUUGUCUCGGCUUCGUGCUCCUCACCUCGCGCGGUGGUUUCACUCUACUAUGGAUCGAUGCUGUCAGAGACUCUUGCGUCAGCAGGUACGCUGCCGCCGUCUGCUCUUGCGGUGCACUUUAACGGCCCCGGCUCGCUACGCUACCUGAUGGCCAGCGCGUCAGGCUCGCUCUCGGCCGCCUACGUGCCGCUGCUUGCGCUCACUGCUACCAACGUGAGUAGUCUUAGUGGCGAGCUGCCGCCGGCGUCUCUUGUUGCCAACGUCUCGACCGCGGGCCUGCCACUGGCUCGUGAUGCAGGGCUUGUUGUUCUAACGCUGCCUGGCUCGGCCGACGCGCUGGCACUUGUCGGCCCCGUCGGCUUGCCGCAACCUGCGCUGCCAGGCCUCGUGGCCGGACUGGCUGGUGCUGAGGUCGAUGCCCUUGGCACUGGGCGCUACAGCAUCGAGGUUGGCUCUGUCCACGAGGCGCUUGGCCUGCUUGUGGCACCUGCGCGCUGGCUCACACCGCCGGGCGGUGUGAGCAUGGGUGACGGCCUGGCAUGCUCUUUGCUCAGUCUCUCAUUAUCCGCAUCUAGCUCUAUUAGCUCCACGCCACUCGACGGGCUCUCGGGUGUCUGGGCCGGACGCAAUCUGUACUCUGUCGACGCGACGGUCGAGCUGAGUGGAUGCGCGAGUGCAACUCCGGCGCUUGCGCCUGGCGAGAGCCUCUGGCUCGAUGGCGGAGCACGGGUGUUCCGCAUCGAGCGGUUAGUCUCGUCGAAUCGGGCCACCGGUAGGCUGGUGGGUACCAGCCCGACAGCUGUCAGUCUGGCGCUGGCCAACCAAACAGUCUCGGCCAGUGUUGUCCGUCACGUCAAGACUCCAGCCUGGCGGAAAGCGCCUGACGUGGCUGGCGAGACGAGCGCGGCAGUGACGCUUGCUUGCCUCGCUGAGAACGAGGUCGGCAGUGUUCUUUCGGUUGCGCCGUCGCUGCCAACACUCGCAGCGUCGCGGCGCGGGAUGCUCUUCGCCAACGCGGUCGGGGUCCUGCUGGCGGCUGACCGCGUGGCGGUGGCAGGCAGAGGCGGAUGCGGGCGUGUUCAGACUGGGACGCCACUGGCGGCAGGAACGGACUGGACGGCUGUUGACAUUGAGGCUGGUGUUCUCGCUGCAGCUGCGCCGCGGUUUCCUACCCGCGCUGCAGCCGAGUGUACAGCGACGACUGGCCGGCGUGCGGUGGUGCUGGGCGGGCAGGAUGUCGAGUUGCACACACCGCGGGCCAAGGCUGUGGUACUGGACCGGGCCGACUCGAUGGACAUCAACACGACGACAAGCGCCGUCAGCCGCGGCUGCUGGUCGGUGGCCGGUGGGUUGUGGACAGCGAGCCUGAGUGUGACGGCGCGUCAAGCCGGAGCCUUUGCAGCUGCACCGCUGUCGACAGGCGUCGAGGGCCUCGUUCUCCUGCGGGCUGGCGGCGGGCCGCAGCUGGCGUGUGGGACGACCAGCGGCGGAACGUGGAUUGUUACUGGAUGCUCGAUCUCAAAGCGGUUGGAAAUGCGGCUGAGCGAGUCUGCAGAGGCCAUGAUGGCCGGCACCGUUGAUGUGCACACUUUGCCGGUCAACUAUCGGCCGCCGUCGCGGCUUGGCAAGGGCAUCCCGAUUUCGGCCUACAUUUACCACGGCGACCCGAGCGCACCACGGCAUCGGAACGAGUUUGGCGUCUCGAAGCGCAGCGGGCGGUAUCAGCGAUGUGCCGGCGCGAGUUCGCGGUCUGGGUGCCGGUGCAGUCGCCGGGAGCUGUUUGCGCCAGCUGCCGACGCCACCGACUGCCUCGCGGUCGCGCCGACGGUGCUUUUUGCAAACCGGUUUAUCCCGGCGUUUGGCCUCGUUCAAGAGGGCCUCGCCGAGGUGAGCUAUCUUGGGCGGUACGAGAUCCGCGAGCUCAACAACCGGAGCGACUGGUGCACGAACUCAUCGGCGUGUGACGACCGCUCGGUAUACCAGAUGACCGCAGGUGCACUCGACGCGCUAGUGUGGGGCGGCGACGAGCUGUUCCAUUUUGAGGUCCGCGCCCUUGACCCCUCGUUCUGCUCGCUCACAGCCGAGUUUACGCUUUGGGUGGACAAGCCGCCGAUCCAGUUCCUCGAACUGUGGGCGGUCAUCACGCUUACGCUCGUGGCGAUGGCCCUUGGCCUCCUGGGUCUCUACGGUCUGCACAAGUGGCGGCUGGGAUAGGUGCUCCCGCUUGCCAUGCUCGGCUCACGCUCAGCUCACGCUCGCUUGCCAUUCCUCACGUAAAGAUCCGCAUCAUUCGCUC